AAUCAAACAUUUCUUCUCUCAAUUCAAAAGAGUCGACACUUUAUGAGAGUUCAGUGUAUUUGCGGUUAACUUGAAAUACAUUUGCUUUUUUGAUUGCCUGACCUUCGCUGGCCAUCAACGGCAACAUCGACGUCGACUGACCGACCGGACCAUCAAAUUGUUAUUAUUGGCCAUCAGUUGAUCGUUGAACACAUCCGAUAACAAUGUCUUCAAGCGGUGCAUCCAAGAAAAGAGUCUGUUAUUAUUAUGACGGUGAUAUCGGUAACUACUACUAUGGUCAGGGACAUCCCAUGAAACCUCAUCGUAUACGUAUGGCACACAAUCUGAUCCUAAACUAUGGAUUGUACAGAAAAAUGGAAAUCUAUCGACCACAUAAGGCCACCCAAGAAGAGAUGACAAAAUAUCAUUCCGACGAUUACAUCCGAUUCUUGAGAAGUAUAAGACCCGAUAAUAUGAAUGAAUACAACAAACAAAUGCAAAGAUUCAAUGUCGGCGAAGAUUGUCCUGUUUUUGAUGGUCUCUACGAGUUUUGUCAGCUGUCGACCGGCGGUUCAGUUGCCGGUGCUGUCAAACUUAACAAACAGGCGGCCGAUAUAGCUGUCAAUUGGGCGGGAGGUCUACAUCACGCCAAGAAAUCUGAAGCAUCGGGCUUUUGUUAUGUCAACGACAUAGUGUUGGCCAUACUUGAACUCUUGAAAUAUCACCAAAGAGUUCUCUACAUUGAUAUUGACAUACAUCACGGCGAUGGUGUUGAAGAAGCUUUCUAUACUACUGAUAGAGUGAUGACCUGUUCUUUCCAUAAGUAUGGAGAAUAUUUUCCAGGAACUGGAGAUCUUAGAGAUAUAGGCGCCGGAAAAGGCAAAUACUAUGCGGUCAACUUUCCCCUAAGAGAUGGUAUCGAUGAUGACGCUUACGAAAGCAUUUUCCAACCGCUCAUCUCAAAGGUGAUGGAGAUGUAUCAGCCAAGUGCUGUUGUCCUCCAGUGCGGUGCCGAUUCACUGUCUGGCGAUAGACUCGGAUGUUUUAAUUUGACACUUAAAGGUCACGGAAAGUGCGUGGAGUUUGUCAAGAAGUUCAAUACACCAUUGCUUUUGGUUGGUGGCGGCGGCUAUACUAUCCGUAAUGUCGCCCGUUGUUGGACUCACGAAACAUCCGUUGCCCUCAACACUGAUAUAGCAAAUGAACUGCCAUACAAUGACUACUUUGAAUAUUUUGGACCCGAUUUUAAGUUACACAUCAGUCCAUCAAAUAUGACAAAUCAAAAUUCAAGUGAAUAUCUCGAGAAAAUCAAGACUCGUUUGUUUGAAAACCUGCGAAUGCUUCCGCACGCGCCGGGCGUUCAAAUGCAGCCCAUACCUGAAGACGCCAUCGACCAGGAAAGUGAUGAUGAAGACAAACAGGACGCCGACGAACGCAUUAGUAUCAGAGCUUCGGAGAAGCGAAUUGCCAGAGAAGAUGAAAUGUCAGAUUCGGAAGAUGAAGGCGAUGGCAGACGUGAUAAUAGAUCUCAUAAGCCAAAGGCUAAGAAGUCAAAAGUAGAGGCAAAUAGUAAUUUAAACGCUUCGACGAACGCUAACAAUACUAAUGAUAGUAAAGACAAGGYAUCCGAUAAAAAGGAUGAKUCAACUGCUGAUGCAAAUGACAAGAAGGCCACUACCACUGAACCGAUACCCGAGUCUACCGAAGCGGAUGCUAGUAAAACAUCKGAYGAUAAACCAGACUCUAGUAAAAGUGAGCCUUCGCCACAAAGCACUCAAAACGUGAACUCAACGGUUCCRACAAAGGCUGACACCGCCGAUAAAGACAAGAAGAGUUCAUGAUUUGGUUUUUUAGUUAAAUUAAAUCUUUUUUAAUACUAUUGAGACAAAUGCAAUCAAUUAAAUUAAAUACAUUUUUGUAAUCACUAAUUAUAGGUUUU